AUGAAGCAAUUCGUGCGCCCCCUUUUGGCACUUGGCUGCCUCAUUGGCAACGUCGCCGCAGCCUGGCCCAACGGUCCCUUCAAAACCUCUGGCCGAUGGAUUGUCAACGCCAAUGGCGAGGAGGUCAACCUAGCUGGUGCCAACUGGCCCGGUCACGGUGAGGUCAUGGUCCCCGAAGGUCUGCAGUACCAGUCCAUCGAGGAUGUUCUCUCGGACAUCAAGGGCAUUGGCAUGAACGCCAUUCGCCUGACCUUUGCCACUGAGAUGAUUGACCAAAUCUAUGCCAACGAUGGCAAGGACAUCGACAUCAAGACUGCCUUCGAGGAGGGUCUUGGAAAGGAGAACGGUACUAUCGUCCUCGAGAAGGUGUUGAAGAACAACCCUUCCUUCACUCCUGAGACCACCCGUCUUGAGGUUUACGACGCCAUUGCUGCUGAGUGUCUUCGUCAAGAGAUUUACAUCAACCUCGACAACCACAUCUCUGAGGGCAAAUGGUGCUGUGGUGGUGAGGACCUUAACACCUGGUGGGGGGAUGUUCAGUUUGACGCUGAGAAGUGGGUUCGCGGUGGUGCUUACAUGGCUGCUCACGCCAAGAAAUGGCCCGCAAAGGUCUCCCAAUCUCUCCGUAACGAGCCUCGGGAGCCCACAAACAACGACAAGCUCAAAGAAGAGUCUUAUCACUGGAGCGACCUGUACAAGUACAUGCGCCAGGGUGCUGAUGCAGUGCACGAGGCUGAUCCUGAGGCCAUCAUCGUUAUCUCCGGCAUGAACUACGACACCUACGUCACCCCUCUCUACAGCGGAGAGAAGAUGGAGCCCCGCGGUGAAGUCUUCAACCGCGAUGACUUCAAGGGCUACGGCAAGGACAAGCUCGUUCUCGAGAUCCACACCUACGAGAACAAGGGAACGAGCUGCCCUUCUCUGCGCUACAACCUCUACAACAAGGGUUUCCAGGCUAUGAACGAGUCUGACCCUAACGUCGCUGAGGUCUUCCCUGUUAUGUUGACUGAGUUUGGUCAAGCCAUGAACGGCCCUGACUACGAGACUGCUAAGACUUAUGUCAGCUGCUUGUCUGAGUAUCUUCCUGAGAUGCAGGCUAGCUGGUUCAUCUGGGUUAUUGUUGGACGAUACUAUACUCGCCAGGGUACUCAGGAGUUUGAUGACUCUUGGGGAAUGAAGAAGCCUGAUUGGUCUGGCUGGAGAAACGAUGAGUACAUUGAGACUUAUCUCAAGCCUCAGAUUGAGGGUACCUUGAGAAACCUCAUUUCACUUAACUUCUUUGGUCGCCCAAGAGUCAGCCGCACUCCCCAGAUCCCCUCACUCCCAGCCCGACUUUCCUACAUCUCAUUUCAUUUCUCGUUCAGAGCCGAAAUUGUCGCCAUGUCCCUCACACUACGCCAGGCUGGUAAUCUUAAGCCGGAAAUUCGCCUCGCUCAAGCCGUCUCAGAGUUUGAGGCGACUCUCACGCCGGAACAAAAAUCCUCAUUUCAAGCGUCGCGCGCCCGGGCUGUCAGCACAGCACCGACUAUGUCAGAUGUCAUUACUGGGUACUCUACGUACCUGGAGAAUUUGUCAUUACUGUUCAUGGCCAUCGGUCGGAAUGCACCACGCUACCAAACCAUGGCAGCUUUAUAUCCCAAAUCAAAGAGCCUACAAGGCUAUCUUUGCGAAUACUUCAUUGUCAUAACCAAAGUUUGUCACCAGUCUGUUAUGUGGACUAGAAAGUCGGCUCUAGCUCGUUUUUCCACUACCAUCAGCGACCCUCAAAUGAAAACUUUCAAGGAUGAGCUCGAUCUCUGGUCUUCAGCCAUCAAGGAGGAGGCCAAUGUUCUAUUGAAUCAAACGGUCGCUGAGGAAGCAAAACAUAAUUCAUUAUUCAGGUCUGUCGCAACUGCACGAUCUAAAGCCUCAGCUCAUCAACAUAAAAUCGAACGACAGAUUCAAUUUCUGGACACUUGUUCACAAUAUGACUAUUGUACGACAUGGAAGCAAACACGCAAGCGCGGAACAACUAAGCUUUUAGCAUGUUGCAACCCCUACCAGCAGUGGAGAGACGAUGAUGAUGACAGUACCUCGAUUCUUUUUCUCGGCAAAUUGGGAGCCGGGAAGUCUGUUCUUUUAGCCAAUAUCGUUGAUGACCUGAAUUUGAGGGAUCUUUCUAUCACUCUCUACUUCUUUGCACGACAUGAUAACGAGGAGAGCAUGAAAGCAAAGACGAUACUCGGUUCUCUUAUACGACAGCUGUUGGAACAUCGGAAGAACGACAGCAAGUUCAGCCAUCUAUUCCCUGAAAGCAUACCUCGAACAGAUUUAGAAGAUAUUCUGGAUCUUUUCAAGCGCGCAGGACCAGAGAAUGAGGACAUAUUCAUCAUCCUAGAUGGGCUGGAUGAGUGUGAGAUAGAGAUUCAGUCAACUGUCCUGGAACAUCUAGCCGAGUUGCAGAGUUUCGGGUACAGACUUUGCCUUUCAGCACGGACCUCUGAGCGACGUCCAAUCUGGGAUACUCAGUUAUUCCAAUUCCACGCCUCCAUACCGGAGCAGAAUCCGGAUAUAAAAGACUUCGUGGUGGCCGAGGUUGACACCAGAGUUAAAGAUGGAAGACUGAUCAUUCGUGAUCCGAAGCUGGUCGAGGAUGUCAAGCAAGAGCUUAUCGCUGGUGCCUGCGGGAUGUUCCUCUGGGUUUCCUUACAGAUCGACUCAAUUUGUGCCGAAGUAUGCGAUCAUGACAUUCGUGAAACCAUCAGAGACCUACCACGAGACCUAACAGAAACUUUCAGGCGCAAUCUCCUCAAAGCCAGCUCCAAGGACCACAAGAGCUAUCAUAUCCGGAUCCUUAAGGUUCUGGCUGGCGCAAAAGAGCUGUUGACGACAGAAGAGCUACGUCAAGCCGCAAGCGUUACCAUUGGACAAACAAUCUGGAACUCAAAUAAAGAAAUCAACAGUAUACAUACUGUUUUGAAGUUCUGUGGGAGUCUGGUAAUGGUCGAUGAAGAAGACGAGACCGUUCGUUUCAUCCAUCAUAGCGCGCGCAGCUUCUGCAUCAAAGGCUCACACGAUGUCACGAAUUGGGCUUUUAGUGAGCUCGAAGCGGAUCAGCAUAUUGCCGAGAUACUCGUGACAUAUCUUAGUUAUAACGUCUUCGACACACAAGUGUCAAGGAACGUCGUGCCUACCAUAGAUGCGAAGGAGAUACCCAGAAGAGUUGCGCUAAGCACUAUCGGCUCUAAAUAUCUUGGAACCAGUAUCGCAGGGAAGGUGCUCAGGUCCACGACACGUCUAAAACGAGAUAUUGGUCCAACUCUCGCAAAGGCUAGUGUGAGUCAUUCAGAGGAAAAGAACGAGUUCCCUCUUCUCAGAUAUGCAAAGAAGCACUGGGUACAGCAUACCGCAAACCUGGAAGACUUUCCCCUGUUACCGCAGUGGUACAUCCUGCUUGAUCAUCCGUCCUUUGGGAUAAACCUUCGACAUGUUCCGGCUCAUAUUGGGCUAGAACUAUACCUUUUCCUGAUUCCGGUUGGGCUACCUGCAUCGAUGGCCGUUUUGAAUAAACUGGAUCCAUCGCUAAUACAGCUCCGACCAUCGAAUAUUAUGGUUUGGGCUUUCUCACAUAGCCAUAUCAUGCUCUUAAAGCAUCAGCUAACGAAGGACGGUGGUGCUGAAAGAAUAAGAAACUACGUCAAAUUGUUUUCUUUCCUUAGGCGGGUUGCUCUGAGAAUACCAUCCAUCCUCCAGUAUGAUCUUGACUACAACUUCGUCAGAUGGCUAAGUCCCAUGCUGCUGAAUCUCGGAGUGGAUCAUCCUGCGAAAGAGUACUGCCUCGGACGCAUCCAGACAUCGGACGAUCGAUAUACGGAACUCGCGAGAACUGCAGUUGAACAGGCUGAUUGGGUGGCUAUCCUUGCACUAGUCAGAGACGACUACACAUAUCAUGACGAUCUCUCGCUAUUAGAGUGGGAUUCCCAUAAUGGACUGACUCACCAUUGUGCUAUGGUACCCCCAAUUCUCAAGGCCGGACUUCUGUCACCAUCUCAACAGGGUAAAGUCUUAUCAGUCAUUUCGAGCAAUGAUCUUUGGCUACUUGAUCUUAUAUCGUGGUUUCUGAAGAUGAAACCGUCAUAUUUCCAAUGGGGCAGGACCUACGAUGCACCACUUUCCUUUUCGAGAGCUUUUGAUGCGCUGAGCGAUGCAGGGGUCGGUGACAAAGAAACAAAUCUGUUGAAAGACGUGUUGACCAUUACACGUAACCGAGCCAUAAAGGCAGGUUACGCUGAUACUACGGAAUUCCCCUUUGGUGUAAAAGUUUCAUACCAGCCGGCAUUCAACGAAGGAUGGGUCUAA